AUGGCUGGAGCAGCGUGGACAGUGCCUAAGCGUUACCGCCGCCCACGGUAUCGAUCCGGGGCGUUAUGUAACCCCUCCCCCCGCCCGGUCCGCACCGACGCCGAAGCAAGCGGACGUCUCUGGAAUCCGAACAGUGCUGGCUUCCGUGUCCCCGCGAUAAAUGCAUUAAGAGUAAGCACGAUGACAAUAAGGUUGGCGUGGGUGGUGCUCGCUGUAGCAGUCGCGAGCUCGAUCGCUGACCGCGCGGACCGAGGUUCGUCCCUGCGGGGCGCCUUGGAGGCACUGCAGCGGCGGCAGAGGGGACGGGAUUACGGCCCUGUUAUACCCGACUACGAUGCGCUAUACGAAUUUGUCCCACCACAGGCUUACCCAGAGCCUGACUAUGCAGUAGAUGUAGAAGACUUGGAUGAGGAACCAACUCCGAAAUAUGUUGUCAAGCUUUUAGAUGAGGAUCAAAGACCUCCAGAAGCAUACGAAUAUAAAGUAAUACGGAAGAAAAACUCCCAUUUUGAUAAUCCUGAUUAUGCGUUAAAAAAAGAAUCUGCAUUCCGCGAAAGAAGCCAACACUCCGAUAAUGACAUGCUGCGAAAUUUAUUCAUGGAUUCUAACGAAGUGGACAGCAAAAAACACUUGAUGCCAGAAAAAGCCGAAAGCGAUGCCGAAUAUGCCUUGUUACUUGGUGAACUAUGGUCAAAAUAUAAGCACAAUAACAAUAAACCGCAUAACGCCAAUGCAGAUGCACCCCAGGGCAUUGUCAAACUUUACAAAGAGAAAGUAGUCAGAAAGAGGUACCCUAACAAUUGGGGUCCUAUUGCUUUCAAAAAGAAACGCAGCUCUGAUUUCGAUGAAGACCGAACAAUACUAAAUUAUGACGAGAAUAGUAACCGUGGCUCGGAAAAUGUUGGUCGUAAUUAUAAUGCAUAUGACCUGUCUGACAAUGACAAAGAUGACAUGCGUGAAGAAUACGCUAUAGCUUUUCAGCCAAUUGAUGAUGAAGGUUUAUCAGAGAUUUUAGAUGAUGAACCAUAUCCCUAUGAUUCAGUUGAGAAACGUUUUCCAGUAUCUAAACGUAGUAGUGGUCCUUAUUACAGUCCUCAAAAGAAGAGAUUCGCCAAAGACCAAAACACACGGGAGGUAUCAAAAUCGUUUCGAAGCAAUACAGGUACGGAUCCGAAAGUUUUGAGAGACUUAUCAAGAAUCUUUGAAGAACCUGAACCUGAAAUCAUUAAGUCUCCCGUUAAAAGAAGCAGUGUUCAUGACGAAACUUCGCACGAAAUUAAACCGCCUAACUUAACGAUUUUAAGCCAUAAUGACACUCACGAAUAUAACGGGACGCAUCUUGAUGAAGACAGCCAUGAACAGCACAACCACGCAAUACACCAUCCUGGAUUAUCUGGUCAAAAAAUAGAACACGACUCUAACCAUGAUCAUCACCUGGAUCACGCUCAUAAUCACGAAGACGAUCAUUCUCAUGUACACAUACACAAAAAUGGUCAUGUCCGUGGUUAUGGCCACGAAUAUGAUAAUCACGAUCAUCAUGAUCAUGAUCAUCGCGAUCACGAUAAAAAUGAUCACGAUCAACAUGAUCACGAUCAACACGAUCACGAAAAAACUGAAAAGCCAAUAACAAUAAAAAAGAAAUCUAUAGACUGGUCAGAUUACUUUGGAGUUGAUAAGCGAUUUAAGAAAUCGGUUUCUUUUGUUAACGAUUUGAACCAAGAUAGAUUGAGAAAACAGUAUUUCAAUACAUUCAGCAAGGAAGUAAUCUACCCGCUCAACUCCUAUGAAAAACAUAUUAACGUCAAAAGGAAUUUUAUCCAGCCGAAACCAAAUGAAGAAACAGAAAUACAGAUAGAUCGUGCCCAAGUCGUUGGAAUUCGAAACGAUAAGAAACGUAAUAGUGCUUCAGAUAAUAAUUCAAAACUAGAUAACAUUGACAAGAAGUUAAGAAAUAUGGAAGGUUUAAUUGUUGACGAAGCCUUGCACUUCUCCAACGUCGGUGAAAAACUAGAUUCCAAAGAAGAACAGGAGAUGAAAGAAAAAUUACUGUCUCGCUUAGCUGCUGCGUAUAGUUUGGAAAAAAUGAGGAAAGCUCUUAAAGAAUUCAAACAAAGUCUACAAACACAGAAGGCAGUAAACAUGAAAUUAUCAACCGAGAACGAGGACCUUAAAUCUAAAAGAGUAGCAGUUAAAAAAGAGAAAGCCAUAUCAACCACAAAAGAUGUAUCCAAUUACAUCAAAGAUGAUGAAAAGUUUGAUGACUUUGAAGAUGAGCAGGGUGCAGGACAUUAUUUGAAUGGAAAAAUAGAAGAACAGCUUUCGGAGGGCUACAUGGGUGGAAGUGGACGACACCGAACACCGAUGCCGUCAAACGCAGGUUCAUCAGGACCAUGCCCGGUGCUUGCCAAAAUCAUUCAAAGAUGCCGCGGUGUAGACUUGCUGGCCGGCGAUCGUGGACAACUUUUCCUGCCGCACUGCAGCUUACAUCAAAUUUGUUAUUUAUGCGGCGAAGCACCACCGACCACGUGCGAUUUAGUAUUUCUCUCGGAGGCGGACACAACUUGCGAGGGUGACAUGAGCUGCCAGCGAGCGGCCCGAGCAGCAUUGAUGGCCCUUCGUGAGCUGCACGACAGCCUGGCGGACGAAUUGGACGGCGAGUGCGAAGCCAGCCCUUGUCUACCGGCGACGUUAAAGCUGAACAUCGGCUGGCAAAGAGCGCUCCAACGA